GUUAUUUCCCCCUCCGUCUCUGGCGCUCACUUAUUUCAAUUUCUCUCCCUUUCUCUCUCUCUCUCUCUCAACCAACACUGCACCUGGAAAUGAUGGUGCUGAGACACGGCGGGGGAGGCAGCGGCGGAUUUCUGGCUGCCAAGCAAGUUGUUCCGCUCAACCACGAUGCUCAGGUCUCCCACCGCCUUCUACAAUCGUCGCUUUGCAAUGAUCUCAGAUCGGUUCAUCAAUGCCUCGCCGAUCCCUUCGUCGACGUCAACUACGUCGGUGCAGUUUGCUUGAAGAUGCGCAAUACCGGCGUCGUUUUGUCAGAGGAAUCUCCGAGCCAGGUGCGAGUCUGCUACGAGGAGUUCCGAACUGAUGCUACGCCCUUGUUUGUUGCUGUUACUAACGGAAAUUCGGCACUAGUCAGGCAAUUACUGAGUGUUGGAGCUGAUGUAAACCUACAACUGUUUAGGGGCUAUGCAACGGCAGCAGCUGCUAGAGAGGGCCAUUACGAAAUCCUAGAGAUCCUUCUCAAAGCUGGGGCAUCUCAACCAGCUUGUGAGGAGGCACUGUUAGAGGUUAGCAUCCAUGGACACUCUCAGUUAGUGGGGCUGCUAAUGGCAUCUGACCUUAUCAGACCACAUGUUGCUGUUCAUGCUCUCGUUACUGCAUGCAGUAGAGGAUUUGUUGAGGUCGUUGAUACUCUCCUCAAGUGUGGAGUAGAUGCCAAUGCAACCGAUCGUGUUUUGCUUCAAUCUUGUAAGCCUUCUCUGCAUACAAAUGCCGAUUGUACUGCACUUGUGGCUGCCGUUGUUAGUAGGCAGAUUUCCGUGGUCUGGCUACUACUGAAGGCUGGUGUCAGAACUGAUGUGAAAGUGCACCUUGGAGCAUGGUUAUGGGAUUUGGCUUCUGGUGAGGAAUUUCGAGUUGGUGCAGGACUCGCUGAGCCUUAUCCGAUCACAUGGUGUGCUGUUGAAUAUUUUGAAGCAACCGGAUCUAUACUGGAGAUGCUCCUUCAGUGCAUCUCCCCCGAUGCUCCUCAUUUUGGAAGAACUCUAAUCCACCAUGCCAUUCUAUGCGACAAUCAAGAGGCUGUGAACGCGCUUGUAAAAUAUGGUGCAUGCAUUGAGACAUCAGUCAUGACCACACAACAAACUCAGUUUCGUCCUAUCCAUAUGGCUUCUCGUCUUGGAUCUUCAACAAUUCUUCGUACUUUGAUUGAUUCAGGUUGUGAUGUGAACUCCACAACAGAAUCUGGUGAGACAGCGGUAAUGAUCUGCGCUGCAUAUAUGCAGGAAGAAUGCCUCCAAGCAUUGGCAAAGGCAGGUGCUGACUUUGGCUUGGUUAACUUGGCUGGCCAAUCAGCAGCUUCCAUCGCUCGUUCAAAUCGAUGGUAUGUCAGUUUCCAGCAAGUAUUGCUCGAUGUAAUACGCAGCGGAUCCAUGCCUACAUCCACCAACAAGUCUGUUUUUUCGCCUCUGUUGUUCGUGGCUGAAUCUGGUGAUUUUGUUAGCUUGAAAGCUGUGAUGGGACAAGCAGAUAUCGAGCUAGAUGAGCAGGACGACAGAGGCUUCUCCGCGGUCAUGAUUGCUGCAGCGCAGGGUCACGUUGAUGCUUUCCGGUUGCUCGUAUAUGCUGGUGCUGAUGUUAAGCUAUGCAACAAAUCUGGUGAGACCGCCAUCACACUUUCCAAACUCAACAAGCAGAGUGAUCUAUUCGAGAAGGUGAUGCUGGAGUUUGCUCUGGAGAAGGGAAACCGCAUCGCUGGAGGAUUCUUUGCCCUGCACUACGCAGCUCGUCGUGGAGACUCGGACGCAGUGAAGCUCUUAAAAAGCAAGGGAUACGACAUCAAUGCUGCCGACGGGGAAGGCUACACGCCACUGAUGCUGGCAGCAAGGGAAGGGAAUGGCAAAAUGUGCCAACUCCUCAUCUCUUCAGGAGCGGAUAUUGGGAUGAAAAAUGCCAAGGGUGAAACUGCGCUAUCAAUCGCGAAGAAGCUUCACAACGAAGCAGAGGACGUGAUACUGGACGCGGUCGCAUGCAAGGUGGUGACAGAUGGCUCACGGCUGCGAAAACACACCAAGGGAGGCAAGGGAGUGCCACACACGAAGCUCGUUGCAAUGGUAGGAGCAACUGGGGUUCUGCGGUGGGGGAAGUCGAGCUGCAGGAAUGUGAUAUGCCGGGAGGCGGAAGUAGGGCCGAGCUUGAGUUUCGGGCGGAAUAGGAGGAGGAAGGGGGAUGGCGAUGAGACGGGGAUCUUCCGGGUUAGGACGACGAAGAAUAAGGAGGUGCAUUUUGUGUGUGAAGGAGGGGUGGAGGUGGCGGAGCUGUGGGUGCGUGGGAUUAGGCUGUUGACCGGAGAUGCUAUUUUUGGUAAGUAGGAAUUAUGUUGUGGAUGAGAGGUGUAUAGUUAUGAUAGGAGUAGGUAGUGCUUCAUCUCGAAGUAUAUGUAAUUUGGGAAAUUAUUUCCUACAUUGUAAAUUCAGUUGAGAUUUUGGAAAUUGGGAUGAUGAUUAAAAUUCAGUUGAGAUUUUGGGA